UUGACUCAUCCUUUGAACACGAGAUGAUGGGUUCCGAAAAGUUGGCCCGGCUCAUCAUCGCCGAUUCUUCCUGAUAAGGACUCGUCUCCAGAGACCGAUUCGGAUGUUGAAAGGCUCCGGCAGCUCGCAAAAGAACUACGGAGAACGGCUCAAAUCAUGGAUUCACAGCCUCCGAAAGUUCCCGAACCAUCGAUGAUGUGGAUUGCGUCCAUGUUUAGACAAUAUUAUCGAUGGCCAUGAGCGGGGAAUGCGGCGAUGAACGUCCGCUAUCUGUAAGACACUGGGAAAUUCGAGGGCCAACAUGGGCAGGGGGGGUAAGAAAAGUUGAAGCUUAUUCGUGGGACUUGAUGGGGCACCGGUCUCAAAAUAGGUAUCCUGCGGUAAUCGAUGGAUCUACCCUUCAUUAUCUCACCGGCCAGUGCCGCGGAAUAAUGUUGGGGGUCAAUAACACGUAGUACACGAUGGCCAAUGUCAGUUCUACCACUUGACUCAACAGUGUAGUCUGCAUUGAGCACUACAGGAUCGAGUGCGGACAACCACGUCCCCGUCAGUCAAAUACAGUUGUGCAUAGAUCAUACCAACUGUCAGUCUUAGACGCCCGUCCUAUCCAAAACUUGUGAAUCUAUCUCACGAGUCAAGCAUCGAGCAGAGCUAUUUGCGGCAACCUACAUGACCACACUCGAUAUAAGUCUGGCUGCAGCGACUGUCGGCGACUGCAUUCCUUGAACUUUGAGUGCACACUCGUGGAUCCCCUUCCGCUGCGAUCUCACCCAUACGUCGCGUCGCCCGUCCGUCAUUGAUAUGAACAGGCCGUUAAGCGGAGAAAAGACGAAUAAUGCAGAGGAUCCCGAGCGUUUGGCGGUGUUGGGCGGCGCCUCCACCGCAGCCUACUCCUCCUCUUCUUUGUCUGAUUCUCGGCAGAAGAUCGACGGGAUCGAGGACAAACUGUCGGUCCCGAUUAACUCGACCAAUGACACGUAUACCACUCUCCAGACGUUCUACACUACAAAUGCUGCGGUUAUCAAUACCGCGUCCAGUGCGCUGGCAGCCACAGCGGACAUAGAUGUCAAAUCCAUCGAGGCGACGAUAGCCCGGUUCGCGGAGACGUCGGCGGUGAUCAUGAAGGGCCUGGACGCACUCGGGGCGGUGCAUCCUUUCGUUGGGGUCGCCGUUACCGCGUUCAAGCUCGUCAUUUCGCUCGACAUCACGCGGCGGCAGAACAACAAGAAAGUCCUCGCGGUGAAGCUCCAGAUGCAGGACCUCAUGACGGUGCUCUUCCAACUCCUUCCCAUGCGCGAUCCAGAGGAUAAAGCUCCUGAUGGGACAACACUGAAAGACCGAAUGUCAGAACUCAUGAAGACGGUCGCGGACGACAUCACCAGCUGCGGUAGCGCGUGCGACGUCUAUCUCAAGAAGAGCUUUCUCGGCGAGUACCCCCCAACACCUCAACUUCUUUGCGCUGACACACUGUCCACAGCCAAAACGAUCAAGUCCAAGAUCUACGAGGCCAGACUGGCGUCCUAUGUCGCGAAAUUCACAGACCACAAGAAAUCCAUCGCCUUCGUGCUCACGAUGGACACGUCGCACUCGGUCGGCACCGCGAACCGCAAGCUCGACGACAUAACGACGCAGCUGGAUUCCAUCGAGAUGAAGAUGGGAGAGCUGUUUCGCAAACUCGACACGCCGCGCGAGCGGGAAGUGCAGAAGUUCUUGGACGACAACGGCGGCGCGCGGGCCUGCAUCAGCGAUGAUGCUGCACUGGCACAGCUCGUGGCCAAGAGCGGGGACACGACCCUAGCGUCCGGCACGUCUGCUGAGAUCACCGCGACGAAGACGCUUCUCUUACGGGAACUAUCUGAGGAUAUUGAUGAGGCGUUUCGCAAGAACGCGCUACUUUUCGACCGCAAGAUGGAGAUACAGAGCCAAGAGCUGAAAAUUGCAAUGAAAGACGGCGAGGAAAGGCUUCGCAAGGUAAUCAAGGAAGGGUUGCAUGAACGAAUUAUGGAUAAGGGUCUUCAAACGCUCUGGAAAGACCAAGGCUGGAAAGGCAGUGUAAAAGCGCGCCACUUCGUGCUCGCGCUCAACGAUUAUUAUUCCGACCUCUACAGUAAGCAUCUCCCAGAAAGCAGAAGCUCCUCUGCUCCUCCAACGCCCAUGGUUCCCACGAUCAAUUUGAUCGCGGAACUCCCCAGUGUGCCGAAAUACGAGGACGAUGACCACUGGGCGCUCAACCAAUCCAAGCCCAUUCUCGAGACAGUGGAUGACGAUGGAACUGGCUUUGUCACCAUCAAAGAGACGAAUGAAUUUACAGAAUCUCGGCCGAAGGAACAGUGCAGGCAUGUGCCAAUGUCCAUCAAGAAGUCUUCCUCAUCUUUACGAGAAUCAUCCAGUUUACUCUCAUGGACAGCCUACUGGGCUGCUGGCUGGCACACCUCCGUAACCUGGCACAAGAAUCGGAUCUAUUCGCUGCUCAGAGCGAUGCUCAACCUCCCAACGAGUGCGCUCAAGCCCAUCUUGCCCGCAAACAUACAACGCGUGGAUACUUAUCUUGCUUCGCUGCCCAUGCGGCGGAUCGAGCUACUGUUGCGGUCGACUCGGUCUGCCGGCCCAGAACGGGAUGAGAAUCUUGCGAAAGUCAGGGAGAAGAUCGAGGGCCAUGAAAACAAACGGAUCCAAGACCGAUUGACUAAACUGCGCUACGAGUUGGAUGAUGUGGGUCUGAGGCUAAUCACCGGGAAUAAGCGUAUCGAGAGGUUCAUCUACCCUCUGCUCGAAGCGCUUCUCAAGCGGCAUUUCGACAUUCUGCGGCUGGCGUGUGUGCAUGUCCUGGAUGACAGUGAAUUCGAUACGAUGACUGGCUCGUUGGGAGUGAUCUUCGAAGCAGUCGAUGAGAGAGUAGCCAACUUGGAAGCUGUUUUCAAGUCCAACUUUUCGAAUGUCAAUGAGCGAUUUGGUAGAUUUGCAUUUGGCAUGUUUCAAGCUGACUACACCAGCGACAAAACGUAUUCCGAUGUCGUCAACAAUACCAUCAGCGUUACCCUCCGCGAGGAGGGAUACGAGUUUGACGUCGAUUCGGAGGAUACCGAUUUCCGGGGCUAUUCUCUUGAUGCAUUCAAGAGCCUUGAUGACAAGCGCAAGGACAUACUGAUGUAUCCAACCGCAAAUGGAGUUGGCAAUCUGUACGACUUCCAUCUCAAACACCCUGACCCUUCCGCAGAAGCGGGAGAUCAUCUCGCCCUUGCCGGUCGAUGGACCGGGCACAUCAUGUACCAAGGACUUGAAUAUUCAGGCCUCAUCUCCCUCGUGCUGUCUGUAGACGCUGAGAACACGUUGUCGGGGGCGAGCGAGAUUUUCGAUCAGAUUUUGAAGGUGUCUGGCUCUGCCAGCCCCGGCGAAGAUUCCCAGGCCGAAAUAACGCUGAUUAUAUGGUUGUCGGAAACCCUUGUCUUCAACUGCAAGGGCGUUUAUAACGCCGACAAAGACAUUAUCGAGGGACAUUUGGACACAUCUGCUGGCGUCACGAAUACGUUUACCUUCAUCUUCCACCGAACGCCCGCCGAAUGGCCCGAAUCAUACCGUUUUCGGCCCUCUCCAACUGCCGAAAACCGCGCUGUCGCCCGCUGGCACUUUGCAAUCAACGCCGUUCUGGACCAAUUUCAGCGCAGGAACAUGUCAUGGCGCUGGCUGAAAGCACGCUUCGCCGAGCGCCGACGUUUCAUCCACCUGAUGACGCGGAACAAAGCAAACGAUCGGGGUCUCACGCCGUGGGCACCUCUGUCGGACGGCGAGCUGGCCGAGCUGCGGAAUCUCCUGUCGGUGCUGACGUCAGCGGACACGCGGUUCUAUCUCACGAUCGUCGAGCUGGAGCUCAGAAAAGUCGUCGACCAAUAUCGGAUCUGCGACGUGUGCAAAAAAGAUAUCAGGGGCCCGCUUUUGUUCUGUGUCCAGUGCAUAGACAAUAAGUUCGAUGAAUGUUCCGACUUUUGCGAGGUGCACACGGAGAAGUCUGUGCAAUGGGAGACCGUCACCCACAGACCCUCGCACGUCUCUGUCAAGACACUCUCUCGAAUCCACCAUGGCGACAAGUCCUGGGUUGUGCCUAAAGCCAGAUCCGUCGCCGCGCGGAUCAAAAAGCUGUUCAAGGAACUGGACGCCCCUGAGAGCGCGAAGACGGUGGCCGAGAUCGGUUACGGUUUCAACGACGCUGUAGCAGAGAAGAAGAGGCCGAAAUGCGUGUGUUGUGCCAAGGACGUGUCGCUUCCCGUGUGGGUCUGCCUCGCCUGCGACGAGGACAUCUUCGUCUGCAUCGAGUGCGAUAAGGCCAAACAGUCCAUCCCAGAGGAAUCCAUCCCGAAAUAUCAGGACUUGGUGAAGUCGGGAAAGAAGCCAUGCCAUAUGUUGUCGGAUCCGCUCGUGUACGUGCACGACACAGAACCUAUCCCGCCAUUGGCCCAGAGCAUGACGAACGAGCGCCGCAUUGCAGAGCUGGACAAGAAAAUGACCACAAUGGAGCAACGGAUGACCACAAUGGAGCAGCGGAUGACGGGGAUUGAGGAGAAACUGGAUGCCAUCAUCAAGGCGCUGGCUCAGAGCAGGAACUGCACCAUUAGAUUCGUCAGAUAUUGCAACCCCGCCGCGCGCUCGGGUGUGCAAAUCGCUGUGUCGGGGGGCCUGACAGCCGCGGUGACUAUCGCGGCGUCCAUCCGGGGCCACUGCACAGAGGAGGAAGCGGGCAACUUCCACCACCACAAGGUCGCCGUCUCGUACACCAGGUUCUUCCUGACGGUCUCGGGAGCGUACAAGCAGAUUCGGAGCCAGCAGGUCCCGGUCCUGAGCGACAUCGACGAGGGCAACUUCGACCGCGCAUUCGACCUCAUCCGGCCCGUGAUACAAGGCAGCGCUGACGCCGGGCGGCUGCUCACCGAAGACGAGCUGCAAAAGGCCAUGGACUUUGUGUCGCACAUAUUCACGCCGACCGACCCGGAGAUGAUGCACGCCGUGGGCACGAAGUUGCAGAUGGACGUCCUCGCGCCGGGCGCGCCGAUCUUCACGCCUGCACAGAUCGCGGCGCUUGCGCAUGGUGACGAGGACACCGUGAAAGUGCUGAACCAGGCGAAGACGACGAGGGCGGUUUACGACUUUGACACCGGGCCCGACCGGCCGCUGGGCGAGAUGGUGGACGGGUUCAUCGGGUGCACGAGGGUGGGCAGUGUCGGCCUCGUGUGCGUCAGCGAGGGCAGCCGCAAGUCGAAGGAGAAGGAGGAGGAGGUCGGAGGUGUCAAGCGGGAGCACACCAUGUAUGCGCAGCUCGCACCGGAGCCGCAGGUUGCGCAGGUCAGGCGGAAGUAGCGUGCGUUCCGCGGUCACCUGUCCAGUCACAUGCUUGAAGUGUCCGAUGACAUCACAUGCCGACGUGUUUAUUUACGUCGGCCGGAGCGUGACUGGCGAGGCCACAUGUAUGGAGGCUCGGAAGGCCCUGCUCACAACCGAGACAGUUGACAUUGAUGGCAAGUGAUCUAAGACCCCAGACUUUGUGUACGUACAUAAGUAGCUAGGCCCUGUUGAAGAUGCGCGUAGUGACUUCUCAGUUACAGUUGGGUGAUUAUAGGACCUGUAAAAU